AUCGAGUGCGGACGUGUUUUCAGCGCUCUGUGUUUAGUUUAAUUAUAAAAUCUAAAAAAAAACCAACGAUCAUGUCUGAAGUGUGUCAAAAGUGUACAUUUAAUAUUACGUCCACUCAGCAAAAAAUUAAAUGUGUAAGGUGUUCGAAGAGAUAUCAUAUCAAUUGCAUGAACCCAACAAUCGGGGAAUUGCAAUAUUUGAAAGAUAACAAAGAGAAAUGGCAAUGUCUUACAUGCAUCGAAUCUAAUACGAAAUUACGAAACACUGGCAGCUCAUCAUAUUAUGUUCCAGAUGAGAUCCCAGCAUCUGUGGAUGUGGAUCCUAAUGACGGUCAACUAAAUACGUCAACUGCACUUGCACACAUCAUAGGUCAACUGAAAACUGUUUUAGAAGUACAAUCAGAAACAACUACGUCGAUCAAUUUAUGUCACGAAAAAAUUGAUGAGUUGAACAACAACUUCAAAAAACUAAGCGAUGCGGUGACAGCCUGUGAAAAAAAUAUUGAAGCUUUAGAAACUAAGAACGUAAUUCUUCAAAGGGAAAACAGUGAGAUUAAAGAAAAAUUAAAUGAGUUGGAACAGUACACCCGGAAAAAUAUCUUUGAAGUAUAUGGCGUGCCGGAAUCCCCAGGAGAAAAUAUUGCCGUUGUUGUCCAAGCAGUGGCCAAUUCGAUAGGGUUUAAAUUGGAAAGAUGGAUGAUCGAUACUACUCAUCGGUUGCGAAAAAACGCAAAUCGUCCGGAUCAAGCCAGGGGAAUCAUUAUUAAGUUCGUACGCAGAUUAGAUAAAGAAGAGUUCAUGAGGUUAAAGCGAGUUAAACGUGAACUUAAAGUAAGUGAUUUAGGUUCCGAUUUUCGUAAUUUAAUAAAGCAAGACAAUUACAUCUAUGUGAACGAUUCGCUCACGGUUACCAACAAGAUAUUGUUAAAUAAGGCGCGUGAGUUUAAAAAACAAAACAACGUAAAAUAUUUGUGGAUACGGAAUGGCAAAAUAUUUAUGCGUGUCAAUGAGCAGAGCCGCGUUUAUGAAAUAAAAUCAAGUAAUGAUCUUCGGGAUGUCCACUGAUCGAGUUUCGGUGAUGGUUUAUCACACUAUAGUGUUUUUUUUGUUGUUUUUCAAAACAUUACGGAGAAAAUGCUCUUAUUUUAUUGUCUUUAAAUUUUUGUUUGACUUUUAUACAUCACAAAGCCAAUAGUAGUUUAGUUACGUGCGUUCGUUGGAAAUUUGUGAAUUUAUCUGCAGCUGCUUUCUUCAAAGUUAUCGCCGAACAUUCCUACAUAAACAAUAGCCCCACUGUUAGUUUUAGCAUGAUGUGUUUAUCAAUAAGAUGUUAGAUGAGUAGGAAUAUUUUAGGAAUUGCACACUUAAAUGCCCAAUCUCUUCGUAAUAAUUUUUCAGAAUUCAAGGAUCUCGCAUUUGAGUGCAACUUUGACAUAAUAGGAAUAACAGAAACGUGGUUAUCGCCCGAAGUACCUAGUGAUGCAGUUCACAUAAAUGGGUAUAAGUUUAUUCGAAAGGAUCGCGUAGCGAGAGGUGGAGGCGUAGGUAUAUAUGUUAAAAGUGAAUUUGUUUUUUCAAUUUUAGAGCAAUCCGAAUCGCACUCAGCCAGUGAACAGUUAUGGAUCUUAUUAAAAAUAAAUAGAAUCCAAUUAGCUCUUGGAAUUCUAUAUAGGCGACAGGAAUUUGGAUGUGAUGUGUUUCUCAGUGAAUUGGAAAAUUCGGUUGUAUCUGUAUUACCUAUUACUGAUGAAAUAGUGUGCUUGGGUGAUUUUAAUAUAAAUAUGCUCAAUUUAAAUAAUCGUGAUACAUUAAAGUAUACAACUAUGAUAGACUUCUUCAGUUUAAAACAAAUCAUCCAAGAACCUACACGCGUCACUCGUACAACGUCUACUUUAAUAGACCACAUUUUGGUUAGUGAAGGUAAGGUAAUCAUUGAGUGUGGUGUAAUUGGUUCGCAUGGUUUGUCUGAUCAUUGUUUAAUAUAUUGUCAGUACCCACUUCACAGUAACGUGGAAAUGAAAAGCCAUUUACAUACUUACCGGGACUUUAAUCGCUUCAACCAAAAAACCUUUGAUGCUGACUUGCAAGCUAUUCCAUGGCAUCUAAUGAUUCAUUUACGUGAUGUAAACGAUAAAAUUCACUUUUUAAAUGCUAAUCUUACAGAGUUGUUCAAUAUUCAUGCUCCCAUUAGAACUAUUAAAAUUGUUAAAAAAAAUCCUCCCUGGAUGACUGAUAAUAUCAAAUUUAUGAUUAAACUACGAAAUAAGUCCCUUGUCAAGUUUAAACGAACGCUUAAGGAUACUGAUUGGAAUUAUUACAAACAGUUACGGAAUUACACUACCUUUGCAGUUAAACAGGAGAAAAAAGCAUAUAUUGAAUUUAGACUCAAUCAAAAUAAACAUAAAACGUUAUGGCAAGAUUUAAAUAGGACUAACAUAUAUACAAAAGCAGAGUCUCAUGAAGUACCUAUUCAUCUUAGUGAUCCUAACAAAAUUAAUGAGGCAUUUGUAAAUUCAAGUAAAUCUUUGUCUACCGUUAAUUUCAACAACCUUAUUCGAUUCUAUUGCGAAGAUUUUCCACAAAAGUUUGGGACAAAUUUUCAAUUUUCAUUAACUGAUGGCCAAGCAAUAUUAAAAAUCUUAUCAAAUAUCAAAAGUAAUGCGGUUGGAACUGAUGAACUGAGUAUAAAAAUGUUACGACUUUGCUGUCCCUUUAUUGUUCCUUACGUGACACAUAUUAUCAAUUCCUGCAUAAUCGAUUCGAUCUUUCCAGACUCCUGGAAAACCGCAAAGGUUAUUCCUGUACCUAAAUCAAAUGCACCAACUGACUAUAAGGACUUAAGACCAAUUAGUAUCCUUCCAUGUUUAUCAAAAGUUUUCGAAAAAAUUAUGAUGACUCAAAUGCAAAGCUAUAUGCAAUCCAUUGAUAUUAUCCCCGAGACACAAUCGGGAUUUUGAUCGGGUUUUAGUUGUGAAACUUCUCUUUUAAAUAUAACUGAUGAUAUAUUGAGCAGUGCUGAUAGUGAUGAACUGUCCGUGUUGAUUAUGCUUGACUACUCGAAGGCGUUUGACACCAUAAGACAUGAUGUUAUGGUGUCAAUCCUGAGAUGUAUUGGUUUCGACGAGUCUGCUACUUCUUUAAUUGAAAAUUACCUUACUAAUCGCAGCCAGAUAGUGAAAAUAAAAGACUCUCAAUCUAUCUCUUUACCAAUUAUCAAUGGAGUACCUCAAGGUUCAAUUCUUGGUCCCCUGUUUUACGUUAUAUAUACCUUUAAUUUAAAAUCUUCUCUAAAAUUUUGUAAAUAUCAUUUAUAUGCUGAUGACACUCAGUUGCAUUACAGUUUCAAGCCUAUAGAUUUGCCUGUUGCCUUGGUUCAUAUUAACACUGAUCUUAACAGUCUAGUGGAUUACUCAGAGGCUCAUGGGUUACAAAUUAACAUAUCUAAAUGCUACCUUAUGCUAUUAGGCAAACGGAAGACAAGAGAAAAGUAUAUAUCUCAAAUAAAUAUUAUGAUAAGGGAUACUCCAUUGGGUGUUAAGAGCAGUGUUAAGAACCUAGGGCUUAUUAUAGAUGAUGAACUUAGGUUUCGACAGCAUAUAUCUAAAAAUGUGCAAAAGGCAUUUAUUAAUCUAA